CACAGCGAUGGAUCACAAUGACUGCGACUGUGUGGGAGAGGGUGGGUUAUUGGGGGUUGGUUCAAGUUUAGAAUUACACCAGUUACCCUGCCCUCAAUCCACACUUUAAAUAGUCAGAGACGGGCUUCUGAAUCAAUAAUUUUGGAAAAAUCAAAGAGGCUGCACUUGGUUAAUUAAACAAAGGCUGAAUGGAAAGCAAGCCCCCAGCAGACAUUGCCAAUGGGCACAACCAGGCCCUGGAUGUCUACCCUGAGAGCAAGGAGAAGAUAGAGGAUAGAGGACAGUGGAAUAACAAGCUGGAGUUUGUGCUGUCAGUGGCUGGGGAGAUUAUUGGACUGGGGAAUGUUUGGAGGUUCCCCUACCUCUGCUACAGGAAUGGAGGAGGUGCCUUCUUCAUCCCUUAUCUCAUCUUCUUCUUCACCUGUGGGAUCCCUGUAUUCUUUCUGGAGACAGCACUGGGACAAUACACUAGUGAAGGGGGUGUGACAUCAUGGAGAAAAAUCAGCCCUCUUUUUGAAGGUAUCGGUUAUGCCACCCAGGUGAUUGUCGCCCUGCUUAACUUCUAUUACAUUAUCGUGCUGGCCUGGGGAAUUUUCUACUUAAGCAACUCAUUUACUUGGGAACUGCCCUGGGCAUCCUGCAACAACACCUGGAACACAGGUUCCUGUGUGGAGUUUCAGAAGAGAAAUGAAACAUACAACUGGACAGCCCCAGCAAACGCAACCUCUCCCGUCAUAGAGUUCUGGGAGAAACGGGUGCUGAGGAUUUCUUCAGGCAUUGACCACAUUGGCAUAUUACACUGGGACCUGGCGCUCUGUCUCUUGUUGGCCUGGGUCAUGUGCUAUUUCUGCAUAUGGAAAGGAGUCAGGUCCACUGGCAAGGUGGUGUACUUCACCGCUACGUUUCCCUACGUUAUGCUGGUGAUCCUGAUGAUCCGAGGGGUGACUCUGCCGGGGGCAGCUGAGGGAAUCAAAUUCUACCUGUACCCAGACCUCAGCCGGCUGGCAGAUCCCCAGGUGUGGAUGGAUGCUGGGACCCAGAUUUUCUUCUCUUUUGCUAUUUGCCUGGGAUGCCUGACAGCUCUUGGGAGCUACAACAAGUACAAUAACAACUGCUACAGGGACUGCCUGUGUCUAUGUUUCCUGAACAGUGGGACAAGCUUUAUGGCUGGCUUUGCCAUCUUCUCCAUCCUGGGAUUUAUGGCUUAUGAACAGCAAGUGCCCAUUUCAGAAGUUGCAGCGUCUGGUCCUGGGCUGGCGUUCAUUGCGUACCCACGAGCAGUGUCCAUGAUGCCUUUCUCUUCACUGUGGGCAUGCUUCUUCUUCAUCAUGAUUGUCCUUCUCGGACUCGACAGUCAGUUUGUGUGUGUGGAGAGCCUGGUGACAGCGCUGGUCGACAUGUUUCCUUCUGUGUUCCGCCGCAGGAACAGAAGGGAGCUUCUGAUCCUUGGCAUCUCCGUCAUCUCCUAUUUCAUGGGACUUACCAUGAUCACGGAGGGUGGGAUGUAUGUUUUCCAGCUCUUUGAUUACUAUGCUGCCAGUGGGAUGUGUCUCCUGUUUGUGGCUAUUUUUGAAACCGUUUGCAUAGCUUGGGUUUAUGGUGCGGAUCGCUUCUAUGACAACAUUGAAGACAUGAUUGGUUACAGACCUGGACCUCUCGUCAAGUACUGCUGGAUGUUCUUCACUCCUGCAGUCUGUGCGGGAACCUUUGCCUUCUCCCUCAUCAAGUACACUCCGCUUAAGUACAACAAGAGUUACGUGUACCCCUGGUGGGGUUACGCGCUGGGCUGGCUCCUUGCCCUCUCCUCCAUGGUGUGCAUCCCCCUCUGGAUCAUAUACAAGAUCGCUACCAGCAAGGGCACCCUGAGAGAGCGCAUCGGCCGUCUGAUAAGACCUUCUGAGGAUCUACCCAAGACCAAGAAAGAGCAGGAGAAGCUCUUGGCCAUCUUCGCUUCUGAUAAUAGCUUACACCAGCAGGACGGGGAUCCCAACAGGGAGGGCUUUGUCCUGGUGACCGACAAGGAGACCAACUGUUAGAACCUCUGGAGCCGCUAAGAACAGGAACAGGAACUGAUCUGUUCCACUUUAUAUCUCAGAUGUGACGGCCAAAAAGCAAAGAAGAAUCAUAUUGCAUCUGUGAUACGGGAUGUGUAGCAUAUAACUUCUCAGAAGCACGUUUGAUGUCGUUGGGUGCCCAUUAUUUGGAUCUUUUAACUGUGUUCAUCAAAUGAAUUUUACAAUUUUUUAUUUUCAAAAUAGUUUUAAAGAAAGACUUUUGUAUUCUUUCACAUUUACUUGGACUGUCCUAUAAUUAAUAUAAAAAGGCCUGUGCUAUCCCAAAUACUGCAUAUGUAUGGUACAAUCUAGUUCCGUUAGUAAAGCCUAAAAAAAUCAGGGGGCCUUACAUUAUUUUAUAUAUUAAUAACUUAUAUUUUAGUACUGUUUAUACUUGUAUAUUACAACUGCUGUAUUGUAAAGCAGUGGUGCUCAGACGUUUGAUACGCCGUCCCCCUUACUUAGCAUACAUUUUGUUGCGGUCCCCUCAGCUGACACACAUAUUAAAACGUUACAACUUAACUUUAUAUUUGAACAAGUGGUUGUUUUCCUGAUUUCAUGUAAAUCGCAUAUUUUUUUUCCUAGAUUUACCACAAAAAGUUCUGAUUUAGCUAAACACAUAGGGGCAGUUUCCAUUUGUGUUCCAAUUUUUCUCGAGACAUUGUUCUCAAGCCAAAUUAAAAAAUGACCAUAUACCUUUUAGGUUUCCAUUGGCUCAGUUUAUUUUACUCGAAGACCCUCUUUUCACCUGACAUCAUGCAAAUGAAGGGGAAAGGAGGAGGUCGAUACGCAAAUUAGCCAUGCAUAGAGUACUCUUGCUGUUUUUGCAGACAGCUCAGGGAAAUGUGGUUUCCAUGCAGAGAACAGGGUACACGAGAAUCUCACAUGGAAAUCCAUGGUUGUCAGGUGACAUCUUGUUUGAGUGAAACUUUAAAGCACAGUGUUAAGCUCAUGUAAUAAAGCUGUGAUUUGU